AUGAAACCAAGACUUUGGCCUGAAUUCCAAGCGUCACUUCUGGAGGAAACCUGGCACCAUCCCUACAGUGAAGCAUGGUGGUGGCAGCAUCAUGCUGUGGGGAUGUUCUUCAGCAGCAGGAAGUGGGAGACUAGUCAGGAUUGAAAGAUGAACGGAGCAAAGUACAGAGAGAUCCUUGAUGAAAAACUGCUUCUGAGCACUCAGGACCUUAGACUGGGGCAAAGGUUCACCUUCCAACAGGACAACAACCCUAAGCACACAGUCAAGACAACACAGGAGUGGCUUCGACAAGUAUCUGAAUGUCCUUGAGUGGCCGAGCCAGAGCCCGGACAUGAACCUGAUCGAACAUCUCUGGAGAGAGCUGAAAAUUGCUGUGCAGCGACACUCCCCAUCCAACCUGACAGAGCUUGAGAGGAUCUACAGAGAAUGUGAGAAACUCCCCAAAUAUAGGCAUGCCAACCUUGUAGUAUCAUACCCACGAAGACUCGAGGCUGUAAUCGCUGCCAAAGGUGCUUUAACAAAGUACUGAGUAAAGCGUCUGAAUACUUAUGUAAAUGUGAUAUUUCAGUAAUUUACUUUGUUUGUUGCAAAAUGUCUAAAACAUUGCUUUUGCUUUGUAAGUAUGUGGUAUUGUGUGUAGAUUGAUAAUGGAAAAAAAAUAUUAAAUCCAUUUUAGAAUAAGGUUGUAACGUAACAAAAUGUGGAAGAAGUCAAGGGAUCUGAAUACUUUCCAAAUGCACUGUACAUCUCAAUAUUGUUUGUUAAUAAGGCUUGUGGUGAUCGUAAUUGUAUAGUCAUUUUUGACCUAUUACAACUAAAUAAUGGUAGAGGACAACAGAACGUUCAGCUUCUUCGAAGACUGUUAAAUGAAUGAUGGUUGAUGAUUGCAUAGCUUCAAAUAGCUGAUAGAGUGUGACCCAUUACGGCUUCAUCCACUUUUUGUGAUGAUUCAUCAUUCGCUUUCCGGCGACAAAGGGUUGCUAGAGAUAAUUUGCAAGAACUGUGGUGGCACUGCAUUUAAUCUUAUCUUCAUCGCCUCAUGUUUACAGUCCCCUGACUCUCAAAAAGGAAGUGACAAGGAAGUAGAAUAUAAAGAUGAUAGAUAUAGUGGUUGGCAGGCUAUGGGGGUGUAUGGAAAUUGGACAUCGUAAUGUCAUUCUCUUCUAGGAAAUAUUAAUAUAACUCUGGAAGUUCCAUCAUACAUCUUGAGAGUAUUUAUAUGAGGAGAUGCAACCCUUAUGGACUCAGACUACAGAGGAACCAAAACAAAGACAGGUCAAACGCCAGACUUGACAUCUCAAAUCAUCAUGAAGACGACCUGCUUGACUCUUGGGUUAUUGCUGCUGACAGUAUCCCAGUCCUAUGCUAUCCCUCUUGGACUGGAGUCAUCACCUGACAGCUGCUGUUUCAGCUUCUCCAAAAUUAGAGUGCCCUCCAAGAAGAUCGACUCCAUCCAGAGAACUCACAGUGGAUGCCCCCGACCAGCAUUUGUGGUCAGAACUGUUGAGGGCAGAGUGAUUUGCUUCCAGUCAAGUGUGCCGUGGGUACAGAAAGCCUUCAACCGGGUCAAGCAGCCAGCAGCUGUGGCCACAAGUAGCGGCAUUGAGGGUUCCAGUCAUCCUUGAUAACCUCCUCAUGACUCAAGCCUCACAAGACUAUAUCGUCAUCAACAUGCAAGCAAUGCAUUCUAAGUGACAUGUUUAUCUCUUAGAAUGCAGCAAUUACUAUUUUGCGACAAAUGGAAUUGGGGAAGGAGUGUUGGGGUGUACACACCUUUUUGUUUAUGUGAAUACUGUAUGUGAGAAUCCACUGCUUAAAUAAAAUGAGAACAUUUGA